AUGGUUUGGAUAGUAAAAAAAGAAACAAAUUGUCUUGCUGCAUUUACUUGUCAUAAAUCUCGUGCCUCUAAUUCUUGGUAUUUUGAUAGUGGAUGUUCUAGACAUAUGACAGAUGAUGCAAAUAUACUCACUAAUUUCAAAUCUUUGAAAUGUGGUGUUGUAACUUUUGGUGAUGGUAUGUCAGGUAAUAUUGUUGGAAAAGGUACCCUAAGUCUUGAUGGAUUACCAAAAUUGAGAAAUGUUUUGCUUGUUGAAGGACUUAAGGCUAAUUUGAUUAGCGUAAGUCAAAUUUGUGAUCAAGGCUUCAAAGUAAAUUUUUCUCGUGAUGAUUGCAAUUUUGUUGAUCAAAAUGGUAUGCGUGUAUUGAAAGGAUAUAGAUCUAUUGAUAAGUGUUAUACACUUUCACCAUCUCUCACAUGUCAUUCAGCAAUAGGUAAGAUUGUGAGAAUCAGAAGUGAUCAUGAAGAAAUUGAUAAGUUCAUUGCCGAAACCUCUCAGACGGAAUCUCCUAUUGUGACAAUAGGUGAUGUUGUGCCUUCUUAUACAGAAAAAGUUGCAACAGAAGCUGAAGCUGUUCCAACAACGUCUGAACGAUCAACAAAGGAAGGCCCAGAAAUCAUCACAAAUUCAAUACAGAGAGAACCUUCUACCAGAAUUAAAAAGAAUCACCCUUUAAAUAUCAUUCUUGGUGACAUUGAAGAAAGUAUGGUCACAAGAAAAAGUGUAGGAGUUUGUCAAGCAAAUGAUAGAAGAGUUCAAAAUGAGCAUGGUAGGUGA